CUGCAGAACUGUUGUGGAAAUACACACGUCGCCCUACACGGGCUCUCGGUUGCCAUGCGGCGAUAGCGAAGGCGGAUGGAGAAGCCGCGGCCGAGGCCUCUGCUGGAGCCGGAAGAACCGGUGUCCAGAACAACCAGUAAGACUGGGAGCAGCGCGCCGCCCUCGCCGGUGGCCAAGCAGAUCUGCCGGUGUGGCACCACUGUGCUGUUCCCGGUGCAGUGUGCGAGCCGCACCUGUUGGAACUGCGGUGCCUUGCUCCAGCUGAGCCCAAGACCAGGCUUUGCGCCGUCGCCCUGCGAGGUCUCGCGGCCGCAAGGCCUUCCUGUUCGGCUUCCCCCCACACAACCGUCGAGGCCCCUGGGGUUGCCGCAGGAGCCGCCGGUCAUUUCCAUCCCGGUGCCCAACAACAAGUGGCCAGGUGCCGCCACAUUCUUCGCAGCAGGCCUGCUGCUGGCCCUCUUGCUGGCCUCUUUGCUCGCGAACGCGGCGCUCUACAAAGAUUGGUUCGCCACCUACCGAGGUGCCGCUCUCACGCCUGGGCAGACGAGGCGGACGCCGCCGGCGGGGACGCUGGAUACUGAUGGCGACGGCGUGCCGGACCAGGACGACUGGUGCCCGGGACAGCGGCCACAGGGGCGGUCAGUCUGGAUCUCCGGGCGUGCCUCCGACUUCGACGGGGACGGGUGCCAGGACGGUGUGGAGGACCAGGACAGAGACAACGACGGCAUCGAGGACAAAGUGGAUAGGUGUCCAUUUUCGCCUCAGCAGUACAACUUUGUGUCCAACUCUCUCAGCGACUUUGACGGCGACGGCUGCAAAGACGGUGUCGAGGACCAGGAUGACGAUGGGGACGGGGUCUCCAACGAGGAGGAUGCCUGCACGGGGACCCGUCCUGGCGAGUCCUCAGACACAAGCGGGUGCUCAAAGGCGCAGCAUAGGCGGAAGGCGCAAGCAGCGGAGGCGCACGCGCAGGCACAGGCAAGUGCGCAGGCCGCUCCGACUGAGCCGCCGCAGUCGGUGAUGUCUGAGUGGGUGGACAAGCUGAGGAGUGCCUGGCUGGAGGUUGUGCUCGGCAUGCUCAUCACCCCAAUCCUCUCCGCAGCCAAGGAGAUCAUGGAGUGGCUCCGCGAGAACAUGGUCGUGGCCGCCAAGCCGGCGAACGGCCAGGCCUCGCAGCGGCGAGCGGCGUUGCCGGGGUUGCCUGGGGGACACUUUGGCAUUCGUAGAGACCCUCAUCCCCUGGGCUACGGCCAUAUCCGCUGCCCAGCAGAGUCGCUAGUGCUUCGCACCACCGUGUAUAUCUUGUUCUUCUGCGGGGUCUACGCGUGGCGAAGCUACCAGAAGCAAGCAGCCUGAUGAUGAAUUCCGGCACAUGGAGCGUCUAUUUGACUGGCUUUGCGAAGGAACAUGAUGGGAAGGGCCACACCAAAUUGGAGC